GUGAAGACCCUUCCCACUUCCCAGGUGAUCCAACGAAAGAAGAAGAAUAAGUGCGCUCACGAGUACGAUCAUGUCUUAUGAUUCAGUCCACGGUACGACAAUGUUCUUCCCAACCUUUUUCACAGUAAUGUCCUCCUCCUCCUCAUCACCUGCUGUUCUAUUCCUUAAACCCAUUUUUCUGCAUGGGUUUUCCGCUUCUUCACACCUUGUUUUGUUACUAGUUUUGUCCUUUUAUUGGGCGUGCAAGAGACUUACAAUACCCAAACACGAAGGUUCAACACCGGGGUUGAAGAACAUCCCUUUUUUGUACUAUCGUCCAGCACUUUUCGCCUGCUUGUCUCUGUUUUCCUUUAAUCUUAUUUUUUGCGCUUUAAAUUACUUAUUCUGGUGUAGAAAUGGUUGGUCUAAUGAAAAUAUUGUGACCCAAUUGGAUUUUGUACUCAGAACACUUGCUUGGUUUGCAAUCUCUUCUUUCUUGCAUUUCCAAUUUCAUUCAAUUGGGCUGAGGUUUCCCAUCCUAUUAAGAAUUUGGUGGGGCUUCUAUUUCCUAUUGUCUUGUUCCUGUCUUGUCAUUGAUGUUGUUUCUUUUGAGAAACAUCAGUUCUUACCAACUCAGUCUUGGAUUUCCGAUGUUGUGUCUGUUCUUUCUGGCUUGUUCUUCUGUUAUGCUGGAUUCUUUGGGAAGCAAAGAGUAGAUGCCCGUCUUCGGGAGCCUCUUUUGAACGGUAGUAACAAUAGAGCAAAUGGCAUCGAGGGGCCAGGCAAUACUAUUGGCCGUGACAGUAUAAAUCCUUACUCAACAGCCAAUUUUCUUGGUAUUCUUACUUUCUCUUGGAUGGGGCCUUUGCUUGCGGUUGGGAAUAAGAAAACUAUAGACCUUGAAGAUGUUCCACAGCUUGCCACCUGUGACACUGUUAAUAGGGUCUUUCCGGUUUUCAGAAGUAAGCUCGAAUCAAAUGGUGGCAAUGGUGGUGGUAGUGGUGCUGGUCGUGAUCAAAUAACCACACUCAAGCUGGUGAAGGCAUUGAUACUUUCAGCAUGGGUAGAAAUUUUAUUGAGUGGUGUAUUGGCCCUUAUAUAUACAUUUGCUUCUUAUGCUGGACCAUAUCUCAUUGACAGCUUUGUUCAAUAUCUCAAUAGCCAUCACCAACACAAAAGCAAAGGAUACAUGUUGGUUUCCAUGUUUUUCUUAUCAAAGCUUGUAGAGUGCCUCUCGCAAAGGCACUGGUUUUUUAGGUUGCAACAAGUGGGGAUUAAAGCUCAUGCUGGCUUGGUUGCAAUGAUCUACAGGAAGGGUCUUGAUCUUUCAAACAUAUCAAGGCAGGGACACACUAGUGGGGAGAUCAUUAAUUUCAUGAGUGUUGAUGCAGGGAGGAUUGACGACUUUGGUUGGUAUAUGCACGACCUAUGGUUGGUUCCUGUUCAAGUUGCACUGGGACUACUGAUCUUGUACAAGAGCCUUGGGCUCGCUUCGAUUGCGGCUUUAGUUGCCACAAUAAUAGUGAUGCUGGCAAAUCUUCCACUGGGAACAUUGCAAGAGAAGUUCCAAAUGAAAUUGAUGGGUUCAAAAGAUCAAAGAAUGAAGGCAACAUCUGAGAUCUUGAAGAAUAUGAGGAUCCUGAAGCUUCAAGGCUGGGAGAUGAAAUUCUUGGCUAAGAUAGUUGAGCUUCGGAGGGCAGAGACAGGAUGGUUGAAGAAAUUUGUUUAUACAGCAGCUAUGACAAAUUCCUUAUAUUGGGGUGCCCCCACAUUUAUUUCUGUGGUCACUUUUGUGGCUUGUAUGUUACUGGGAAUCCCUCUAGAGUCAGGGAAGAUUCUGACUGCACUUGCAACAUUCAGGGUUUUGCAAAUGCCAAUUUAUAGUCUCCCAGACACAAUCUCAAUGGUAGUUCAAACAAAGGUUUCCCUUGAUAGGAUUGCCUCAUUUCUCCGUCUUGAUGACUUGCAAGCUGAUGUAGUACAAAAACUUCCUGUAGGUAGUUCUGAGAUUGCAAUUGAGAUAAUCAAUGGGAAUUUCUCUUGGGACCCCCAUUCCUCUAUUCUCACAUUGAAAGAGAUGAAUUUCCAUGUGUACCAUGGUACAAGGGUAGCUAUUUGUGGUCCUGUUGGCUCAGGCAAGUCGAGCUUGCUUUCAUGCAUAUUGGGCGAAAUGCAUAAAGAGUCUGGGACUGUUAAGUUAAGUGGGACAAAGGCUUAUGUUGCACAAUCACCUUGGAUACAGAGUGGCAAAAUAGUAGAGAAUAUAUUGUUUGGUAAAGAGAUGGACAUUGAGAGGUAUGAGAAAGUUCUCGAAGCAUGUUCAUUAAAGAGGGACCUAGAAAUUUUGCCUUUUGGGGAUCAAACUCUUAUAGGGGAGAGGGGCAUCAACUUAAGUGGUGGGCAAAAGCAAAGAAUCCAGAUUGCACGUGCUUUAUACCAGGAUGCUGAAAUUUAUUUGUUUGAUGAUCCUUUUAGUGCUGUGGAUGCUCAUACAGGAAGUCAUCUCUUCAAGGAGUGUUUACUUGGGCAUCUGGGUUCAAAAACUGUGAUUUACGUGACCCAUCAAGUAGAAUUUUUACCUUCUGCAGAUCUGAUCCUGGUUAUGAGAGAUGGAAGGGUUACUCAAGCAGGAAAGUAUGAAGAGAUUCUCAGUUUAGGAACUGACUUUAUGGAACUAGUUGGUGCACAUAAGAAAGCUUUGACAGCCAUUGAUUCUAUGGAUUGUGGGACUUCUUCAGAAAAUUUAGUUACUACUAAGGAAGAGGGUAAUACUGGGUAUUCUGAGAAUGCCUUUCAAGAAGAAGUGGAGAAGCGGGAACUAAUAAAUGCUAAAGCUGAACAAAUUGGUCAACCAGAAGGGCAGCUUGUCCAAGCAGAAGAGAGAGAGAAAGGCAGGGUUGAUCUAUCGGUUUAUUGGAAAUAUAUAACGACAGCACACAAAGGAGCACUUGUUCCACUGAUAUUGGUGGCACAAAUUUUCUUUCAGCUCCUCCAAAUUGCAAGCAAUUAUUGGAUGGCGUGGGUGACUCCCGUUUCAAAGGAUGUGAAACCUCAUGUUAGAGGCUCUACACUCAUUUUUGUCUACGUUAUUUUGGCCCUUGGAAGCUCUCUUUGUGUACUUGCAAGAUCCAUGCUAACUGUAACUGCUGGAUACAAGACAGCCACACUGCUCUUCAACAAAAUACAUUUGUGCAUUUUCCGUGCCCCCAUGUCAUUUUUCGAUUCUACUCCAAGUGGACGGAUUCUCAACCGGGCUUCUACAGAUCAAAGUGCAAUUGAUAUGUCUAUUCCUUUUCAAAUGGGGGGAGUUGCCUUUGCAGUGAUACAACUCUUGGCAAUAAUUGCAAUAAUGUCACAGAUUGCUUGGCAAGUUUGCAUUGUUUUUAUUCCUGUGAUUGCAAUUUGCAUGUGGUACCAGCAAUACUACAUACCUACGGCACGAGAACUUGCACGGCUUGUUGGAGUAUGCAAAGCUCCAGUUAUACAACACUUCGCUGAAUCUAUUUCAGGAUCAACAAUAAUCAGGAGCUUUGAUCAGGAGCCAAGAUUCAUGGAGAUGAAUCUCAAGCUGAUAGAUUGUUAUUCUCGGCCCAAAUUUCAUAAUGCUGGUGCAAUGGAGUGGUUAAGCUUCCGCUUGAAUAUAUUAUCAUCCCUCACAUUUGCCUUAUUUUUGGUUUUCUUGAUUGCAAUGCCAGAGGGUGUAACCGAUCCUGGCAUUGUGGGUUUAGCAGUGACAUAUGCACUAACUUUGAAUAUGCUACAAGUCUCGUUCAUAUGGAAUCUCUGCAAGAUUGAGAACAAUAUUAUUUCUGUUGAGAGAAUACUUCAAUACACAUGCAUCCCUAGUGAACCUCCUCUUGUGAUAGAGGUGAAUAGGCCUGAUCAUGAUUGGCCAUCUCAUGGGAAAGUUGAUAUUGUUAAUUUGCAGGUCCGUUAUGCCCCACACCUUCCUCUUGUAUUGCGGGGUCUCACUUGCACUUUUCCUGGAGGGAUGAAGACUGGCAUUGUUGGACGAACAGGUAGUGGUAAAUCAACUCUCAUUCAAGCAAUCUUUCGCAUUGUAGAACCUGCAGCUGGUCACAUUGUGAUAGAUGGCGUUGACAUCUCCAAGAUUGGACUCUAUGACUUGCGGUCAAGGUUAAGUAUUAUUCCACAAGACCCAACCAUGUUUGAAGGGACUGUGAGGAACAAUCUAGAUCCGCUUGAAGAGCACACAGAUGAACAGAUUUGGGAGGCUCUAGAUAGGUGCCAGCUUGGAGACGAAGUUAGGAAAAAGGAAGGGAAGCUUGAUUUUGCAGUGACUGAGAAUGGAGAGAAUUGGAGCAUGGGCGAGAGGCAGUUAGUGUGUUUAGGCCGGGCGCUACUCAAGAGAAGCAAAGUCUUGGUGCUUGACGAAGCUACUGCUUCGGUGGAUACUGCGACUGAUAACCUCAUUCAGAAUACACUUAGGCAACAGUUCUCGGAGUCUACGGUUAUCACGAUUGCACAUAGGAUAACAUCUAUUCUAGAUAGUGAUAUGGUCCUACUUCUUGACAAUGGCCUUAUCGUAGAAUAUGACUCUCCGUCCAAAUUACUAGAGAACAGGUCAUCAUCAUUUACAAAGCUUGUGGCCGAGUAUGCUCAGAGGUGAAAUAAUUCUGCUUCGAAAGGUUAAACUGAUAUUUGACUGGAAAAAUAUAUUUAUGCUGCUGUGUUCAGCUGAUGUGCAUUGUUUGAUAAUGAUGAAAAGUAUUCUGGAUAAGAUGGUUAAAUAGGUGUUGAGGUUGCCUUCAUUUAAGAUGCAUGGGUAUAUCAUCUUGAAACUCUGUUGAAUUCACUGGUUAUGAGGUAAAUUUAGGUACAAGUACAAUAGAUGUUUGCCUUUUUGUAAGCUGGUUACUACAUAAAAAUUUGAAAAGGGCAGUUUGAGGCUUUCAGCUGUUAGUUAAUCCGGAUUUGGAGGGACUAUUCCCUCAACCUCAAAGACACUCUCAAGGAUGAGGCAGAAAGUAGUGGAUUGUAAUGCAGAUGAGAUUUUGUUAGGUGUCU